AUGCCUUAUUUCCGACUCUCGCUAUUACUCAAGCUACCUCUCUUGGUUUCCGAUGCUCUGUGCAUGCGAAUCACGGCGACACCACCCAACCCUCCGCUUCCCGAGUCACAAGGAAUAGUCAUUCCUGACUGGAGAGAGAACUUCUUGAGAGGUUUGGCCACUCCCUCAAGGUUUUUGAGGUUCCUUUCCUGGUCGGCAACGUUCCUCGAGUUCAUCGUCAUCGUCGCUACACUCAACACCGAGGGGCCUAUAUCAAGACUCAUUCUAUCCAUGCUCGUUCCCUCGGAUGAUUGUAUCUCCGGAAUGCGCAUCACUCCUACUUUGCUUCUAGGAAGCAUCCUCACGCUCUUGGGAACGCUAUUGCGAGUCUCUUCUUAUCGCACCCUCGGUCCGUUGUUCACCUUUGAGCUUCGCAUCCAGGAGCGGCACCAGUUGGUCACAAGUGGACCAUACUCUGUCGUCCGUCACCCCAGCUAUACUGGCCUUAUCAUGACUGUAAUCGGAGCAUUCGCGAGCCAUGCUUCUGGAUCAUGGGUCGCCAGCUGUGGGAUGCUUCAAACACCAGUCGGAAAAUGCUUGGCGAUUGUUUGGCUGUCUAUUGCGACAGCGGUCGUUGCCAGUCUGUUAUUACGUGUUUCGAGAGAGGAUGGGAUGCUGAAGGAGACGUUUGGUGCACAGUGGCAUGAAUGGGCGCAUGAUGUUUCAUACUCCCUGAUUCCUGGAUUGUACUGA